UUGAUCCAAAGAAGAGGGGAUUUUGGAAAACCAGUAGAAGAUUUUUACAGAUCGUGGGAAGAAUACCAAAAUGGUUUUGGAAACUUAACCAAGGAGUUUUGGUUAGGAAAUGACGUCAUCUUCUCGUUGACCAAUCAAAACAACAUGGUGCUCCGUGUUGAUUUGGAAGACUUUGAAGGAGGUCGAAGAUAUGCAGAACAUGACGAGUUCUUGGUACGAAGUGAAAUAGAACUUUAUAAAAUGAGUUUCAAGACGUACAAGGGUAACGCGGGAAAUACUCUUGAUCACCAUAACAACAUGAUGUUCAGCACCAAGGAUAAAGACAACGAUAACAACAGCGGCAGUUGUGCUCAAACCUUCAAAGGCGGAUGGUGGUAUAAUGACUGUCAUUACGCCAAUUUAAACGGUUUGUAUUACACAGUAGAUAAGGUAGACACUACUGGUAUUACCUGGUAUCACUGGAGAAUGAAAUACAAUACACUGAAGACAAGCGAGAUGAAAAUAAGACCUGUGGAUUUUAUUAUUGGUGAAUAAAGAAUAAAUAAAUAUGUCAUGGUAAAUUGUAUCUUAUGUUAUACGUCAAUAUAGACAGACAAGACAAAUAGA